AGGGAAAAGGGCCGGUUAUGUAUCUCGUGGUGAUCGGCACGUGCGCCGUACACGUAACACGUGGAGCCGCGUGGCGCGCGACUGACAUUGUUGAAUCGAUAUCUUCCUAGCAACUGCCAGGCGGCUCUUGGCUAACGUGCACGCGCAUUUCGAGCCGAGGUAACCCGGAGAAAUUGCGAGUUGGCCUCUCGUUGUAAAAGGAAGUAACAACGUGACGUGACGCAGAGAUGGUGAAGAUCACUUUGGAACUAAUAGGAAAGCGCUCGGAGCACAACGAGGGCGAGAUAUCCACGCUGGAGGAGAUAGCCUUGCACCAAGAGAAUAUCGAUAAAAUCGAACUGAUAGACAGGCAUUGCAGGGAUCUCAAGAUCCUCCUCCUGCAGCACAAUCUCAUAUCGAAGAUCGAGAAUCUAAAUAUGCUGAAGAAGUUGGAGUACUUGAACCUGGCUCUCAAUAACAUCGAGGUUAUCGAGAAUCUGGAAGGUCUGGAGAGCUUGAAGAAGCUGGAUCUCACCGUCAAUUUUAUCGGAAAUCUGCAAAGCGUGGAGAAGCUCAGGUGCAACGAGAACCUGGAGCAGCUGAUCCUAAUGGGCAACCCGUGCACGGACUACGAAUACUACAGGGAGUACGUCGUGGCGACUUUGCCGCAAUUGCGCGAGCUCGACAUGAAGGAGAUUGAAAGAUCGGAGCGCAUCAAGGCGUUGCAAGUGGAGGCGCGAGCGCGAGACGACGUUAUCGAGGCGUAUCGAUGCUACGAGAAAAACCGACUGCUUCGACAGGCGCGUCGCCGUCGUGACACUACACUCCAAAUCACCGAGAUAAAUGAGACGAGCGCUGCAAAGGAGAACGAGGAAGAGCGACCGGAGUGCGCAAAGAACAAGCGGAACGGAAACGCAGACACAAAAGAGGAUGACGAAUCAUCGGAGGAUGAACGUUUUUGGAAGCAGCCUAGUUACCAUACACCGGAAGACAGGAUUGCUAUUGCCGAACGAUUCGGCAGGAAGCAAGAGAGAAAGAGCCGCUCUUCCGACAAGCCGAAAACCGAUCUCCCCAAACGCGUGCCAAAGUUGUUCGCUCCGGACGGAAGACCUUACAAUAUAAAUCAGCCGAAGGUUCCGUUCAAAUUAAACGACGAGGACGAUCCGAAUGUCGUAGUGCUCGAAGUCGCCGUUUACAGGUACUUGGACACCUCUCACAUCGACGUAGACGUAAACCCGACCUACGUGCGAGUUACCGUGAAAGGAAAGAUUCUACAGCUAAGCCUACCCUGCGAGAUAUCGGUCGAGAAAAGCAAGGUCCAACGGAACACGAGCACCGGAAGCCUGGUGAUCAGCAUGGCCCGUCUGACGCCGUCCACGAUGAUAAUCGCGCAGAGCAGGGCCGAGCCGACGUCGGCCAGAAAGAAAGAAGAGCCAGGCAGACGCGAGUCAAAGGUCAUCACGGUUCGGCCACCGGUGACCUCCCGACGCGCUCUCCUCGAGAUCGGCCCACCCACGGAUAUCUUGGAUCUUUUCAAGAUAACCGAAGAUCCCGCCGUUGCUGCUGCUGCUGCUGCGAAACGAGGCCAGAGGAGCGUCAGAGCGACAGAGGUGGAGAGGACAGCGGAAGAUUUCCAAGAUGAUCCGGACGUGCCGGCGCUCGAAUGAAUGCGCGCGCUCGACGAGCGACGUCAAGCGACUCGUUAGACUCGGAAAAAGUUUGCGCGAUCGCGCGUCGACUCACCUUAAACGGAUCCCGAAAG